CCGUUUUGGACAGCAGCUGUUAAGUUAUUGCCGGUGUGAAAUGCAAAAAAUAAUAAAUACUUUAUGAAAAGUUCCAAAAUAUAUUUUCUCAGCUAUUAAAAAUAAACGUCAAAUGUAAAAUAUAGUCACUUAAUAAGUCAUAGUAAUUUCUUUAAAAUGUGGUUUUAGUAUAAAAUUAUCAGGCGAGGUCCUCGAAAGUUGAAGCUACCGGAAGUAAACUUUUCUUGCGUAGCCUGAAAAAAUAUUUGAGAAAUAAUUUAAAUUUACUUAAUGGUUGAUUUUCUUUCUUCAAAUAAUAUGAUAUGUUUAUUUAGUUCAACACUAGAUAUUUGCUAAAACAUAUUACCCAUUACAUUCUCCGUCAGAAAGGUCAGAAAUAGUUCCGCCUUGUUUUGCUCCGUACUCUUUAAACGUAACACCACUAUUUCCAUGCAUCAUGAUUCUGUGACCGCUCUGGUAGAAAUUUGUGAUUUUCAGUUAUUUGUUCCACUAUAAAUUCUGUACAUUAAUAAGACAGGGGUCUCUGAAGUGUUAUGGCUCGGGUAGUAAAAGUGUUUCGGACUCUUCGAAAUCACUGGAAAAAAUCUACAUUAGCUGUGUGCGUCCUUUCUUAUGGUGGAUAUUGGCUGUAUGGUAAACACUGUGAAAGCGUUGUGCGCAGAGAGGCUUGUCAAAUUGCCAGGGAAUUUGGACGUCAGCAAAUAGCACCACACGAAGGUCUGAAAAAAGCAACAGUGAUUUUGAAUCCUGCAGCAUCUAAUGGGAAAGCCAACAGCUUGUUUGAAAAGAAUGCUGCCCCCAUUUUACACCUGGCUGGAGUGGAAAUUACAGUAGUCAAGACAGACUAUGAAGGUCAAGCAAAGAAACUGUUGGAGCUCAUGGAACUGACAGACAUGUUGAUCGUGGCUGGAGGAGAUGGGACGUUACAGGAGGUCGUCACAGGUUUACUGCGAAGACCGGAUCAAGAAACCUUCAGUAACACACCAAUCGGAUUCAUUCCUCUGGGUUCUAAUAAUUCCUUAAGUCCAAGUCUUCAUUUUCUCAGUGACGACAAAGUCAAGAAUAUCACAUCAGCCACACUGUCCAUUCUGAAAGGAGAAACGGUUCCUCUGGAUGUGCUACAAAUCAAAGGAGAGAAAGAGCAGCCCGUCUUUGCUCUGGUUGGAUUGCGUUGGGGUGCUUUUAGAGAUGUAGCUGCAAGAAUUAGCAAAUAUUGGUAUCUUGGACCACUGAAGGCAAAUGCAGCACACUGGCUUCACACUCUGAAGGAGUGGCCUCUGGUCCGAGACGUGUCCAUUUUCUAUCUGGCUCCCACGCCGCGGCCCCCUGACCUGCCCUCUCAGAAGCCCGCCAGGCCGAACCUGCUUCGCCGCAUCGUCUGCAGACUGAAGAACUACUGGAACCCGCCGGUUAAAGAACCUCCUAAAGUGGAAGAGCCAGAGAAGUGGGAAGAGCAGCAGCUGUCUACAUUGGAGCUUUAUAUUCAAACCCACAACAAAAACCCAGUGGAGCGGCGCAUAAACGACUCUCUGUUGAUCUGCGCGGAGCCCAACAACUUCACCGUUGGCGAGUUCAUCGCUGCAGGGAGUAAGAAGCAAAAAGACCCAACUGUAUUCACAGAAAACCACAUGGAGCUGGAAGCAAGUGCUUGCCGGAUAAAGCUGCCAGAGGGAGCCUCUGGCUUCUACAGUAUUGAUAAUGAGGAGUAUGAGGCCAUGCCUGUAGAGAUCAGUCUGUUGCCAAGGAAACUACGCUUCUUCAUCAGCACCGAGCGCAGAGAGCAGCUCCGCACACAGCCGCAGCGACGACAGAAACAACCAGAAGAUUAAAACAGCAGGAUGAAAGAAAUCAUAAUAAACUAUUUAAAUUUAAACUUUUUCUCCCUUUACGACUUUAAAAUUACAAAUGAAGGUAAUAAGAGGAGUUUUUUUUAACUAGUAUAAACAGUCUAUUAUGUUUCCGGAUGCUUUAUGCUAUCAGACGACAUGUGUACUAGUUUUCUUGGUGGCAUCGUUGCGUUCUGCACGGUCAAGAGCAAACAUGCAAACUCCCUCAUUUACUUUGGAUAAACAUUUAGAGUCUUUUCAGCCAGUAUCCCUGGAUGACUUAGUUAAGUUGGUGGACGUAAUUAAACCGAGUGGAUCUCCUGAAGACAUCACACCACAACGGCUGUUUAAGGAAGUCUUUCAUGGAAUAGCACCAUUAAUAUUGAAAGUUAUUAAUAGCAGUUUGGCCUCUGGCUAUGUUCCAAUUGAUUUUAAAAAGAUGGUUAUUAACCCACUGUUAAAGAGAUCGGAGUUAGAUGGUAUGCAGCCUUGCAAUUACCGGCCGAUUGCAAAGCUCCCUCUUCUGAGUGAAAUUCUGGAAAAAAGUGUCUAUACUCAGUUAAUGGAUUUCCUAGAAGAGUCUAACAUUAAGGAAACUUUUCAGUCUGGCUUUAAAGCUUUUCAUAGUAUGGAAACGGCACUGAUAAAGGUAUUAAAUGACAUUAUGUUGGAAACUGA